CAAAAAAAAUAUUUACAAGCGACAUCUUCUUUGAUCUUUUCAUCUUCCCCAAUUUGAAAAAUGAAUCAUAUGUUCUUUCAUUGAUCGGAAGCUUUAAAAUAGGUCAUGUAUUUAACCUUCUCCUUUUUACCUUUUCAGUUCUUCUUCUCCAUUUCUCCUUUAUCCUCCUCUUCCAAUCAACAAAGGUUGUUAUAACAGAGCAUCGAUUCUCAGAUUACCCAGAUAUGCUCACUAAGGAUUGAAUCAGCUCUAGGAUGUCGUCAACGUUUAUACGAGGGAGCUUGACAUGGAACCAAGCAACGUACCAAUACAAUCAUGUUUGGCAGACGCUCAAGGUUUUGGGUCAAGUCCACACGCCGCCUCGGAUCCAUUUGAUGAAGCAGCAGGAGGAUAAGAUGGUUAUGCCUCCAAGGAAGGAGCCUGAAGUAGAGAAGAAGUAAAACUAGAGCAUGAACCUGAGUCGGAAUUUGGAGAAGAAAGGGAGAGUAAGGAGAGGAAGCAGGAAGCUUUAAAAGAGAUAGAGAUGGGGAAUGCGGCAGCAUACAAGUCUUUUAAAACACUAUCAAGAAUUAGUCAUAACCAUACAACUUGAUGAUGAAGAUAUCUCUUUAUCACAAAUCGUGCAGCUGCUCAUUGGAGAUGACAAAGAGGUGGAUAUCAGAAGCUUGGUAAGGAAAACACACAAAGGAGAGUUCCAAUUGGAAGUGGAGCCGAUGGAUAGUGGCUCCAUAGAGAUCUCUAUUGGAUCAAGUUCGCUUAACUGGCCUCGACCAAAGAAUAUUAAGAAGAAAAUUCUCGGGAGUCGAGAAUGAGUGGAACAACUAUAGUGAGGGCUCUGCAGGCUGCCACUGGAUCUCUUCCUCCAAUUGUUUCUCUUGAUAAAUUCAUGUCAUCCACUGAUUCAGAAUCUCCAUCUGAGUCAGAUAUUGAAAAAAGACCUCUUGUUUCAGAUAAUAAUGGUGCAGAGGCGGUUAUAGUUCUUAUGUCACCCAAAGAAAAAGCAAAUACCGAUCUUGGUGAACGUCUAUGGGAAGGUCCACUCCACUUGAGUGUUUCUUCUAUGAUCUCUGUCAUUAUUCUGAAAAGUGGUGAAAAGACUACUACGAAAGAGUGGCCUAUGUUGCUUGAGAUCAAGGGUAGAGUCAGAUAAGAUGCAUUUGAGAAGUUUGUUCGAGAGCUCCCAAAUCCCAUGAGUCGUGCUGUAAUGGUAUUCUUCUAUGGCUUGCAACUUUCACAUUCAUUGCUUGAAAGCUGUCUACUUGGCUAAAGUAAUAGGACUUGCUUUCCCCUACUUGAUAAACUUUUUCCCAGUAGCUGUCAUGUGUGCUUAUAUAUAAACUUACUUUUCUAUUGCAGGUUAUCCGUUUUUUUUUCUGCAAAGAAAAGUUCUCCAAGACUGAACAAGAAACCAUUUAUGAGGUAUGUCCUUGGUAGUUAACUAAAUUUCUGUGUAGGAGCGUGUAAUCUGGAUUAACUGAUCCAGUAAAAACUGAAUUCAUAUAAACAAAUCAAUAGUUUUAUUAUUGAUUUACAUUUACAUACUUUUGCUGAUCCAGUAAAAACUGAAUUCAUAUAAACUUAGGUUUCAAACCAGUCUCAGUCUAUGAAUAACAUUAACCAAGUAAAACCUAUUCUUUGUUUUUUUGAAAAACCACGCAAAAUGCAUCUUAGGAUGCAAUAAAGCAUAUGAUAUGAAUUACCACUUUCAGUAUAACAUGGGCAUAUACAAAAAUCAAUACACCUAAUACAAAUACACAAAGAAAAACACAAGAAAUUCAGAUAAUAAAAAAUAUAUAAAUGUAAAUCAAUAAUAAAACGGAAAAUUCAAGAAUGGUAUACAAUACCUAGAAGGCUUAAAACAGACACAAAUAUACCUGCGUGCAAGCGUGUAAGUAAAUCAGUGACCACAACAAAACACACAAACUUCACAAAUAUGGUAUCUCAGUUGCACACAUUGAGAUAGAG